AUGGCGGUUCUCUCCUCUGCUUCUGCACCUCCGUUGCUUCGUGUCGCUCAGUCCUCCCGAUUCUCCUCGCCCUCAUUCUCCUCCUGCCGCUCCGUUCCUUGGUGCUCCUCUCACCUUCGCUCUUGCCAUCUCACCUCCACGCGGCCACCACUACCCUCCCUAGCACACUCCACGCGUUUCCGCGCACAUCAGCGCUCCGCGCACGCCGCGAGCGCCGGCCAACCAGCGGAGCCCGCGACCUUCGACGCCCGUGCUCCCCACCGCACAUGUGCGCGCCGAGCACUACAUCCCGCGCACGCCAAUGCCGCGCGGAUACCACAACUGGAUGUUGCCGCUAUUUCCGCGAAUGUCGACGCCGUGAGAGCUAAUGCCGUGUGGGUGCUGACGCGGGCAGGCGUGAGUAUCGGCGCGGGGCUGGUAGCGGGAGUCCCGGGCGCUCUUGCCGUGGGCGGCGAGGCGUGGACUGACGCGGUUGGGGACCUGGAAACGCCCUACUCUCCCGAUGCCGCCACGUUCCUGCCGUUCGUGUGCGUAUCUAGAAUUCGGACGCUCUGGUGUGUGGAUUGGAGUGUGGGACUCUGCAUUGCAUUCCUGGUACUGUUCUGGCUGAGCAACUACGUGGCACCGCACUACAUUUUCAAGGACACGGUCUUUCGAAAGGAUGCGACAGAGGACGACACUGGCAGCACUGAUGGCAGCACAGAGCAGCAGCAAGGAAAGGCGCUCCCUAGUUCGACCAGUUCCAGCAGUUCCACCAGUCAAGGGGAGGGGAAGGGGUUUGGCAAGAAGUGA